AUGUGCAUGCUCAGGAACUCUACCAGAGGUCUCUCGCCUAAACAGCGGCGCCUCCUUUAUAGAUCAUGUGUGGUUCCUAUUGCCACGUAUGGUUAUCGUCUCUGGUACUUUGAUGGCGCCUGCAACAAAGGUGCCAUGAACCAGCUCAAACAGAUGCAGCGAAAAGCUGCUCUCUGGAUCAUGGGUGCUUUCUGCACCUCACCUACAGGCAGUCUUGAGGCCUUAGCAGGUCUCAUCCCCGUCCACCUUAGGCUGAAGAAGUUGGCAACAUGCGCAGUGUACCGUGUUGCCACCCUCUCUGACACUCACCCUCUUUGCUCCAUGAUGUGCGAAAGACUCCUCAGGCAGGCCGAACCACAUGCCCGCUCAGCCGCCCUGAUGACCCCAGCUAUGCGAGGGAAAGUCAAGAGCACCGUCAUGGAGGUGGACGAGCGUGUCCACACCUUAACUGAGAGCUUUGAGCCUUUUGCACCUGAAGCUCACCCAGGUGAUUGGUUGCUGGACCGCUAUGCGGACCAUCUCCACUUUGAUGAGCGUGAUCCUACUCAGGAUAGGCGCCCGUAUCUCGACGAGCUCAUUGCGAAAGCGAGGGCCAACCCUUUAACAGUACUGGCUGCAACUGAUGGCUCUGUCUCUCAGUCCAACCAGUAUCAGGCAGCUUCGGCUGCCAUCAUCUACAUGGGACAUCAUGAGCUCGAAAGGACUCGCUAUGUCUCUGGCAGAGUCACCGCCCCAGAUGCGGAACUCAAUGCCAUCUCGUGUGCAGUACGCCUUGCUGUCAAGCAGGCAAACUGCCAGCAUAUUAUGGUCUUUACUGACUCUAUGGGCUCAGCCCACAGAGCAGUUGACCCCUCUGUACAUUCUGGUCAGGCUUUUAGUCUGGCAGUCUGUUGUGCUCUCCAAGAGUGGUUCGAGGCGGAUGAUUUCCACCGCAUCACCUUUGUCUACAUCCCAUCCGCUUUGCAGUGGGAUAUCCAUGGUGAGGCACACAAAUACGUCACCGAACUUAAGGUCAGGGUUGGACGUCGCAAGAGGGACAACUCUAUAGACGUGCUGUGCUCCCGAGCUGCGCACUCAGUCCUGGAUUCGUGGAGUUCCACUUUCCAGAAUCCAACCUACCAAGGCUCUGAAUUUUUAGAGCUUCAACAGCCUGACGGGGGGCUGCUCCAGCCAUCGUACCUUAAUGGGGGACCCUGGCUUUCAACCUUCAGACACAGUAUCACUGAGUUCACUCAUGUCUGCCAGUGCAUAACUGGCCACACACCCAUUGGAGCGUAUUACUGUCGCUUCAAGAUCAACGAGCCUCACGGCUGCACUUGCGGGGCUGCUCUGCAGUCCCGUCAGCAUAUCCUCUUUCGCUGUCACGAUAGAUACUCUGUACACUAUCCCCAUUUUCUCAGGGAUAUUGCAUCAUUUAUGAAGUACAACCCUACAGCAUUUGGCUUCAACCGGGACCCUUGGGGGGUCGGAUAA